AUGGUAAAUGGAACGGGUCCAGCACCGAAUCAGGCCGACACUGUAGCAUUCUGGCGCGGCCUGUGGUCAGAGCCCGUAAACCACAGCGAGGGGCCUUGGACGGAAGUUGUGGCGAGUCAGUGUGCGCGUAUUACGCCCAUGGACCCCGUCAUCAUAACGCCGGAUGACGUAGCUGAGGGGGUCCGUAGGGCCCCGAACUGGAAAAGUCCGGGGCUUGACGGGCUGCAUCACUACUGGCUGAAGGGGUUCAUGGUGUGUAACUCUGUGCUCGCCCGAUAG